CGUCCUCACCCGCGUGCCGUUCACCCACUGGUUCUUCUCCUUCGUGGAGGACCCGCUGAUCGACUUCGAGGUGCGCUCCCAGUUUGAAGGGCGGCCCAUGCCCCAGCUCACCUCCAUCAUCGUCAACCAGCUCAAGAAAGUCAUCAAGCGCAAGCACACGCUCCCGAGUUACAAGAUCAGGUUUAAGCCAUUUUUUCCAUUCCAAACCUUGCAAGGAUUUGAAGAAGAUGAAGAAGACCAUAUCCAUAUACAACAAUGGGCACUUACUGAAGGCCGUCUUAAAGUUACAUUGUUAGAAUGCAGCAGGUUACUCAUUUUUGGAUCCUAUGACAGAGAGGCAAAUAUUCAUUGCACACUUGAGUUGAGCAGUGGUGUUUGGGAAGAAAAACAAAGGAGUUCUAUUAAGACGGUUUCUAUAAUGCAGGAAAUUUAUAACAGUUGAAUCAGGUGGGGGAAAAGAACUAAAAUUACCUUGGAAGUGAGAUAACCAUAUAAAGAUAAAUGGAUGGGAAAAAAAUUAGUGAUCUUCAGCUGAAAAGACAAAGUUGGGU